CCCCUCCCCUUCCCCUCCCCGCGCCUCCGCGGCUCUGCCCGGUGCGUGCGGUCCCGCUCCCCCGGACGGCAGCGCGGCCCCGUCGGGGCGGGCGGCGGGGCUGAGGCUCCGCUCCGUGCCCAGCCGUGCCCUCGCCAUGCCCAGAGCCUUCCUGGUGAAGCGCCGCAGCCCGCAGCCCGCCGUGCGCAGCUGGGAUGGGCUGCCCGACGAGGAGAGAGCCGACACCUACAUCCCAGGCGGCAUCGGCUGCGUGCUGCUGGGCUACGAGGACAGCUGCAGCCUGGAGAGCAGCGGUAGCAGCAGCGGCGGCACCCGCGACGCCGAGCCCAGCGAUCCCCCGACGCCGCAGGCUGCCCCCGGCGAGCUGGGCGCGGGCGGCGCCGUGCUGCUGGACCUGGCCGGCCAGCGGCCCGUGGUCAGGUCGAAAAUCAAGUUCACCACGGGCACCUGCACCGAUGCUGCCCUGCACAGCUGCGAGCUGUGUGGCAAAGGAUUCCGCCUGCAGAGGAUGCUCAACCGGCACAUCAAGUGCCACAGCCAGGUGAAGAGACACUUGUGCACCUUCUGUGGAAAAGGCUUCAACGACACCUUUGAUCUGAAGAGGCAUGUCCGGACCCAUACUGGCAUUCGUCCCUACAAGUGCGAGGUUUGCAACAAGGCCUUCACGCAGCGCUGCUCGCUGGAGUCGCACCUGCGGAAGAUCCACGGCGUGCAGCAGCACUACGCCUACAAGCAGAGGAGGGACAAGCUGUACGUGUGCGAGGACUGCGGCUACACGGGCCCCACGCAGGAGGAGCUGUACCUGCACGUCAGCGGCGUCCACCCCGGCAGCGCCUUCCUGAAGAAAACCUCCAAAAAACUCGCAGCUGUUCUGCAAACCAAGCUCAGCCCCGUGCUGCAGAGGAACUCCAAAGAGGAGGGCAAGGACGAGUGA